CCCCGCCCCUUUCCAGGUGGAAGUAGAAAAGCUCCAUCAGCUUCCCCCGCUGAACAGAACCCCAGAUCUCCUGCUGCCAACAACUCCUCACUCGCUGAACCAACCUUCACAUCCAGCAGAAAUGGAACAUAAGAUGAUGCAGGUUUUCGCCGCGCUGAUGGUUUUCCUGGCUCUCAGUUUCCAGCCAGUCCUGUCACAGGUUGUCAUUUCCAAAACAGGAUGUGGCACAACCAAACAAUGCGUGCAGGACCCUGAUACCUGCGACCCCGCAGGCACCACCACGUGUCUUUUUGGAUCUGCUCGCCCCACAGCGUUGAAACCCCCAAAUGGCAUCGACCUGGCCUUUGAGCUCAGUGGGAACCCUGUGAACAAUUCGGGAUACAUCGCCAUGCGUCUCACCAAGAGCCAAUCUGAUGGAAGCAUGAUUUUUGUCUGUGGGAGGAACAGCUCAAACAACGGGUCUUUCAUCAGCUUUUCAACUACUUAUAACACCACCAGUGGAAAUUCGAACGAUACACUAGCGAAGACUAUGACAAGUAUUCAAAACACCAUCGAUGGUGGAAGCCUCAAGUGUACGUUUACCGUGGCUGGUCUGAAUGCCACCACCGACGCUGCAUUCCUCAGGGCCGCCGAUACCACCUACAUUAUAGGCAUCGCAUCUGGACAACUCGUUGGAGGGUCUCUUUCAAGCUUCCCCCCAUUUAAACUUGGUAAUGCGACAGAUUUUUCCAUCUUCCUAAACACCACAGUACCAGGAGGGGCCAACCGUCCUUUCUACUCUAAUGCUGUGCUGCCUCUGGUCAGCUUCCUCACACUGUCCAUCCUGACGUUCGCCUGAUCAAACCCAGAGAAGAAGCUGUUAUAACCCCACAAAGACACAGUGAAGGGUGCUGCUUUAAAACGCAGCAAAAACCGAGUGUCAUGUUGUUUAUAAAGUGUUUUUACAAAGAUAAUUCAGAGAUGCAUAGAUUAUAUUUUGCACUGUUUGUUCUAAACACUUAAAUUGUGUUAAGUCAGAUUCUGGAGAUGAAGAAACUAAUAGCUCAGGUUCUGAAAACCUUUUGGUGAUCUAAGGUAUAUAUUUUUUAAUAAUGUAAACAUAUCUAUUGAUACAAUUACCAUCCUUAAAUGCUUUUGUUACUGUGUGAAAUGAAAUGUGAGCAGGUCUCGUCUGUUUAUUAAAUCUGUCAUCUUAGUGGGAGCCCAUCCCAGCUCAGGAUUGUAUUGUUUUCUUUAAGUAGAUAAAGUUUUCUGUCAGUUAGCCAGAAGAAACCAGAAGAACUCACUACACCAGAAAAAUGACUAAACCGAAAGCAAGAUUUCAAUCUCGUUGGCGUUCGACCAACAUUCUGGAUCUGAUUGUCAAACACUCCAGUUGUCAUAGUACGGCUAAAGAAAACAAGCCACUUGGAACAAGUUGAUGCUUUUGUUGGUAUGUGAGAAGACAUGAAAGGUGGUUGAACCCUGAUAGAAUUACAAAGCACAUAUUUAUGAGCACGAGAUACGCAAGAAACUUAAUGUGAAAACUUGAGACAUUUACCAAAACACAAUGCAAAAAUCAUUAGAAAAUGUUGAUAACCACAUUACGGUUUUUCUUUAUAAACUGUAUUUUUUGACAAUAAACAUAUUAGAUUUGAA